UGAUACAGGUACAACUCUGAUGAUUAUUUUUUUAUUAAUUUAAAUUAGGUUUAAAAAAAUGUUUUGUUUGUCGCUCUAGUGGCUGUGACCCUGAAAAAAAGUAAAAGUUCAGUAGCAGCGACGGGAACAUUAACUAAACCAAAGAAGGAUGGGAGAAACAAUGUAAGGAUAACUCCACUGAGGGAGAAGGUAGGGAUGGAGGAGCAAAGAGGAGGCGACGCUGAGGCAGAGGUGGAAGAGGGGGAUGAGAUAGGACAAACAGAACAUUUGUCUCCAUCACAUCGACCAGGUCAACCCAGAAAGAAGCUUCACGAUAAAGAGGAUAUGUUUGGCAGCGAGCAGAGAAUCAAUCCAACUGCUGCAACAGCAGAAGAAGCUGUGGACAGAAGAAGGAGGAAUAUUAAGAAGAAGGACACAGAAGAAGCUGGAAUAACAACCGGGACAAGUGCUAUUACAACUGCAGAAUCAGAGGGACAGAAGACGUCCAGGGUCAGCAGAGACGGAGGAUUGGAGAGACAAAAAACAAGAGACACUUCUCAACAUAUCAGGAGCCAGAAACCAGAGGAACGGACAAUCAGAGGAACAACAGAGACUCAUGAUGACUCCGCUCCUCCUUCAUUGAAAAAGCAAAUGAGAGAUGAUAGGGAAGGAAAGAGAGGACCGGUGAAGAAGAAUGAAGGACACGACCGAGAUGGAGGAGCGGCGGCGAGGCAGAAGGAAGUGUCUACUGGGAAGAAGAGGGAGAGGAGAGAGAGGCUGACACACAAAGAGUUAGUUGUUGAGAGCAAUGAUGACCCUGUGGAGAAAGGGGAGGUGGAGAUCAACCAGGAGCUGGAAGAAGAAGAGUCUUUCCUAAAAUCCCCCAAAAGCUCAUCAGCAACACAAGAACACAAAACAGAAGCAAAGUCGUGUGAAGAAGUGGAAACAGAUUGUCUCUCCAGCAAUGAUGAACAGAGAAACAUCCGAUCAGUGAGUUCCCUCAGGUCCAGUGACGCUGCGUCCUACAUCCGCCAGAGGAACUCGAGGGGGUCUGCAGCCUCUUCCUGUGGGGGGGCAAUGAUAGCCAGUGCCACAGGUUUCUCUUCAGCAUGUGGACGUCUGUCAUCAUGUUCCACUGUCAUGGUCACGGAGGAACAGCUGAUGUUGAACCCAGUUAAGCCAGAGUUACCUAGAAUGAGUCAGGAGGAGGCUGCUGCUCUGCGUCUGGCCCAGCGAGCAGAGAGACGGAGGCAGGAGACUGAAGAAGCUGACAGAGGAAGAGCAGAGGAGGAGGCACGAGGAGGAGGAGCAGGCAAAAGUGAGACGGGAACAGGCGAAAAGAGAAAUGGAGAGAAGGAGUCAGGAGGAAAGGAGGAGGCAGAUGGAGCGACUGCAAAGGAUGAGAGAGGAGGAGGAACGGAGGAGGAAAGAGAGGUGGCGCUGUUGCAACAGCAGUUGGCCUUUAAAAGGGGUCUUGUUAUGGAGGCCGGAGGUCUGGAGAAAACUCAGGGAAUCUCCCGUCCCUGGAUCUACUCAUAUUUUAGUUUACUGCAGCUACUGGGUCUGACUCCGUCUCAAGCCGAGACGACCAUCUGA